CAGCCUGCUAAUCACUAUAAUAUACAUGCAGAGUACUUGCAUUCUGGUCAUUUCCAUUGAAUUCAACAUCUGUAAAUGGGACACCUCUCAACUAAGGACAGCAUUAGUGAGUUGGCUAGGUAUAAUAUUGGUAAGUAAGGGACAAUUAUCACAACCUCGUGUUGCUUGAUGACCAAGUGUUCGGCACUCUGUCAGUUGAUGUGGGAUGCGUUCUUGCACAACCCAACUUUUAGUGAUAGUACGGAAGGACAUCGUCGCAAUUGACAGUUGAUAAUGUGCAGCCAAGCCUGAACAAUGGGCUGGACAUAGCUUGGAACACUACGGGCUUGGUUACUCUCACUGCCGUCAGAUGGCAGUGUGGGGCAAUCGGAUCAUGAGACAGGCGCUGGCUACCUCGUGACCUGGCAAAAACAGGGACUCUGAAGUGUCCACCUCAUGACCUUUCUGCCCCUAUAGGCACCCUGUAAAGCAUGUGUCACAACACCUCCUGGUCACAACCAGAGUUUUGACUUUCACUUUUCAAGCCAUGUGUGCCCUUAGAGUACACAUGGCGUGCCACUUCCCAAUUGGCACUGCGCUCAUGCUGACCUAGUGGCGGUGACCCGGUGACUAAACCUAUAUAAGCCAUCGGCACCAUCGGUGUACACCUCGGACGCAGUGGACCGACCUCGUUCUUCACAUUACGAUGAAAUUCAAAUUCAAAUAUUUUUAUUAGACUAACGCGAUGCGCUGCUUCAGCUAAACUCAUUUCCUAAUCUCCCUGCGUUUCUCUCGGUGGCGAAGAACGCAUGUCGUCCUGUCAGUUACUGCCCUUUUGGCCUUUCGUUUUAGUCGUGGUGGUGUUCUUAUAGCAUGUGGAUGCUCAUAUCAUUAUCUCUAUAACAUUGGAUAACGAUAGUGAGGGAGGGAUACGACCUUACACCAGAAGCCUUGGAAUAAUCGCUUCGGUUUGCUGCAAGAAUGACCAAAAACGGCAAACAGAAUAAAAACAAUUCCUGCCCUGCUGAGAAUGAGGAGACACGAUUGGGACCACCGACGCCCCCGGAUGGAGGAUGGGGUUGGGUAAUCAUGUUCGCCUCGUUUAUGGCGAGCGUCAUCGUCGACGGUGUGUGUUUCUCGUUUGGAAUCUUUCUACUGGAGUUCUUGGAUUAUUAUGGUGAAAGCAAGAUGACCACAUCAUGGGUUGGCUCCACACUCAAUGGAAUGUACCUCUCCAUAGGCCCUAUUGUUGGUGCAUUGGCCAACAAGUAUGGAUGUCGACGUGUCGCUAUAUCAGGCAGCAUCGUGGCAGCCGUUGGCUUCUUCGUUAGUACCUGGUCACCGAAUAUCACUGUCCUUAUUAUCCUAUAUGGAGCUGUUGGGGGUCUUGGCUUCGGACUUCUCUACUUACCAGCGAUUGUAAUGGUUGGUUUCUACUUUGAGAAGAGGAGGGCGUUAGCUACUGGUGUAGCUGUUUGUGGCUCGGGGAUCGGCACAUUCAUAUUUGCGCCUCUUUCUCAGAAACUUUUAGAUGUUUAUAAUUGGCAAGGUGCGACGUGGAUUAUAUCUGGUGUGGUUUUAAAUGGUGUUAUACUGGGAGCAUUAUUCAGACCAUUGUCACCAUCACAGGUACCCAUAUCACCCUCCCUAACAGCAGAUGGUACGGUAGCGAUUGAGAAAGAAGAAACUGAGCAGCUGCUACAAAUUGAUUCUAGUCCCAAAGUGUCGGUGACGACUCAUGAAAAUGGAAAAUUUGGGCAGAGUGAUGGCCAAGCUGGGACUGACACUCGCAAAAGUGAUACAGGUGCUUAUUUACCAAAAAAUAAGCAAUUGGAAUUGUUGAAAACCCAUGUGCGGCCUGACCAAAAAUUGUUCUGCUCUGUCGGUAAUAUGAAUUCCACUGAUGUGUGUCGCAAAAGGACCAUCUCUGAGGGUCCACGCACAUUAACACCUGAAACAGCACCUACUUGCCAUUUGAGUUGUGAUCAAAUCUGGGUGAACAGUGCAAACAAAAGUACAAAUGUCGAGCGCAUCAAACAAGACAUGCAGCGUCCUCUUUACAGAAAAGAUAUCUUUUAUGCGGGAAGUGUGAAGAAUUUGCCAGAGUUUGCAGUGCAGAAGGACAUGGAUUCGUACAUUCGGAGUAUUACAUCCAUUCCAACUUCAAGCUGUGAUACAAAGCCUGAGCCUGGGGCUGUUGGUGAUAGGCCUCAUACUGAGCGCUGUUGUGGAGCAAUGCGUAACGUGAUGGGGAACAUGAUGGAUUUCAGCCUCUUGAGGAGCCCCACGUUCAUUGUGUAUGGUCUAUCUUGUUUCCUCUGUAUGAUAGGUUUCUUUGUGCCGUUCAUGUUUCUGCCUGACCACUCCCUGAAGAUGGGCAUUCACAAGAAUGAGGCAGCAUUCCUCUUGUCUAUAUUAGGCAUCGCUAACACCGUGGCAAGGGUGUUCUCGGGCUGGUUAGCUGAUCGGCCUUGGGCUGAUGCUCUCAUCAUCAAUAACACAGCUUUAUUAAUAGGAGGGAUCUGUACUAUGUUGGUGCCAUUUUGUUUUAAUUAUACAUUACUAGCAGUGUACAGUGUGGUAUUUGGCAUGUGUAUAGCUGCGUUUGUCUCUUUACGUUCAAUCAUUAUGGUUGAGCUGAUGGGUCUUCAACGGUUGACAAAUGCAUUCGGACUUGUCACGAUGUGCCAGGGUUUGUCAUCAUUUAUAGGGGCUCCAAUAGCUGGCUCUCUAUUCGAUACUACAGGCGACUAUGACAUAUCGUUCUAUUUCGCUGGAGCCACGCUUGCCCUUGCCGGGCUGAUCUGUUUCCCUCUUCGGCGCAUCUCGCAGUGGGAAAUUAACAAGUUGAACAAUAUGAAUAACGAUGACCAGGAACUAACCAGUGUUUGAACUGCAUUCAGUCAUCAGGAAUAUAUGGUACUUUCUAUGAUUGAUAUGUGAUCUUCCAGUGAAUUUGUGGCAGUAACUGCCAACGAGGCCUACUGGCUUUCCCAAGAGUUGGGGUUCUUCACAGAUACGGCCGCUUUUUAUGCGGUAAUGUUGUAUUCUUAGGGAGAAACGACACAAACAACAGACUGGGAUAUGAAACUUGGUAACAGGACAUUUCGUCCCUAGGACAUUUCGUCCCCAAAAAUUAGUUUUUUCAUAUUUUCACCAGUUCAAUAUUUAUUCAUUUCUGAGUGUGACCCAUGUACUAUUAUUGCACGAAAAGUCCUAGGGACGAAUUGUCCGGGGACUAAGCUGGUGAGGUGUGUAACUUCAAUCAGCCAUGCCUGGGCUCGGUGACCAUGUUAUAUUUAAUGGAGUCGUUAGUCUUUAACAUGAAAAUUGUUAAUGGGAUAAGCUAAAGGAAAUUAUCUUGAGGAUACGUUACUUUCAGGGAUGACAUGAAGAUUGUGCUUUAGAGAAACUGGGCCUCCCAACAAUAGUCUCCCUUUAUGUCGGGACCUUUACUGAAAUCUUUAGAUUUAUGUGCAUUAUAUAUUCCAGUGCAUGUUCUGGUGUUGCUGCUAUCAAGAUCACUGAUUACUUAUCAUGUUUUCGACAUUACUCUGGUGCGCUAUCAUGAUUAAAUGUAUUCGUGAGAUUUUCCAUUGUACAUUUCAAUGUGGCAAAGAUCGCAUGAAACGUCAAAAACAGUUCUGCUCCAAAUCCGGGAUUUCGGGAGAAGACUUACAAUGUUGGUAUUCUGAUUGAGAGAUUCAAAACAAUGGAGAGAAUUUCAGAUUACAGAAUGCCAAGGGAUUUAUUUCAAGUGCUUGUAUAUCUCGCAAGUUUAAGAUCAGUUUUGGCUUAAAAAAUACUGUGAUGCCAUCUACAUGUUGUAUUAAAACUCACAAGAUAGUCUGCUCAGGAAUGCUUGCGAUAGUCAUACAGGGAUUCGAAUUUUUGGAUUCUUGGUUCUCGACUACCACAUUGCGCCAUGAUAUUGUCCUCGAGACAGUUUCAAGGAAUGUUCACUUCACAGUAUCUUGCAUUUUAAAACCUCUUCUACAUGUAUGACACCUUGGUGAGAACACCCUCGCACAUUAAAAACUUCAAACAAUGGU